AAAAACCAGAGAGGUGUUUAGAGCCGGAGAGCCAUUGCCGUGUUGGGUUGGAAAGGUUAUAUAAAGAGAGGCCAAGUGACCCAUUGGAAUGCAAGAGAGCUUAAAAUACAAAGUGAGGCCACAACAAAACUCGAGUGUUUGAUUAUAAUCCAUUUCUGUCUUUCAAAGUCUAAACCUUUUGGGGGUUUUGGUUUUGUUGAAUGACUUGAAUAUUGAUCAGAACAAAUACCCUUCGGAAGAUCCAGUGUUUGAUUGUAAAGUUUGAAGCUUUUUGGUCUGUUUCUGCUUAAAACCUCGUCCUUUAUCUGGGGUUUUCUUGCUAACCUCUACCUGUUCUUUGAUUUUGGUAAGAAUCAGGUUGGUACUCUUAGAAAUUUGUGAAGUUUUAGCUUACCCUUUUGUGAUUGAAAUGGCAGCAGCUAUAGAUAUUUACAAUAGCAGCAGCUUAAUGGCACCAGAUUUUUCAGAGGAGCUCAUGAGAGCACUUAUGCCUUAUAUGAAAAGUCCUUCUACCUCUUCUAUUUCUCCACCAACUUCUCCCUCCACUUCUUCUUCUUCUUCCUAUAAUCCAUUUUACUCUUCUUCUCAUCCCAAUUUGUACCAUGGCCUUUGCUCAAACACCCAAAUGUUUCCACAAGUGGGUUUUGAGCAGACAGGUUCAUUAGGGCUUAACCAACUCACCCCUUCUCAAAUUCAUCAAAUCCAAACCCAAAUGACACUCCAACAACAACACCAACAGCAACAAAGGCAGCAAAUCGCAGCUCUAGCUCCUCAAUCAAACCAAUAUCACCACCAAAACGCACACACCCUCAACUUCCUUGCCCCAAAAGCUAUCCCAAUGAAGCAAUCUGGUACUCCCAAGCCCACAAAGCUCUACAGGGGAGUGAGACAGAGGCACUGGGGCAAAUGGGUUGCUGAGAUUAGACUCCCCAAAAACCGAACUCGCCUCUGGCUCGGCACAUUUGAAACCGCUGAGGAAGCAGCUUUAGCUUAUGAUAAAGCUGCUUACAAGCUCAGGGGAGACUUUGCCAGGCUCAAUUUCCCUCAUCUCAAGCACCAAGGAGCUCAAAUCUCUGGAGAAUUUGGCAGUUACAACCCUCUUCAUUCCGCAGUUGACGCCAAGCUGCAAGCAAUUUGUGAGAGCUUGGCUCUUAAUUCGCCGAAACAGGGGAAAACAGAGGAGCUCUGUUCUGAAACAGAGAUCAAGCCAGUGAUUUCAGCUCCAACUAUGGCCUUUGAUCAUGCAUUGGGUACUGAAUUGAAAACAGAAUGGGAUUCUCCUAAAUUGGAGCCCUUUUCAUCCUCUUCUUCUUCCUCCCGGUCCUGCGAUGAGUCCUCAGCCGGAUCAUCCUCACCGGAAUCCGACAUUACAUGCUUUGAUUUCUCAGAUUCUCAGUGGGAUGAGAAUGAUACAUUCGGAUUGGAGAAGUACCCUUCAGUGGAGAUUGAUUGGUCUGCUCUUUAAAGUCUUUAUGAUGUUGUAAUCUUUGCUACUUUAGUUUCGUUCUAGGUUUGAUUUUAGGUUCAGUCUGGUGUAUCCAGUAGCAGCUUCUGCAAUGAAGUUUUUGGCAUUUGCAGAGGUUUCGCUCUGUGCACAUAGGGUUCUAGUAAGUGCAGGUACUUAGUUACAUUGACCUAUGGUCUGUAAUUGUGUGAUUUCUCCAUCUUGGUCUGCUGGUAAUUUUUGUUCCUUGCAACCAUGGAGACUGGGGUGAUCAUUGUAAUAUAUAAAAAUAAUUGUACUUUUCUUUUCUGUA